GGCAGCACCGACCCCUCCUCCUCCCCAUUGCCCCCAGUGCCACCCGAGGUGACCGUGUUCCCCAGACUCCGAGUGGAGCUGGAGGAGCCCAACGUCCUGAUCUGCUACGUGGACAAGUUCUGGCCGUCCGUGAUCUCCAUCGCGUGGCUGAGGAACGGGCAGGAGGUGACGGACGGCGUCCUCGAGACCGUCUUCUACCCACGGGAGGACCACAGCUUCCGCAAGUUCUCCUACCUGCCCUUCGUCCCCACGCGGGGGGACUACUACGACUGCCGCGUGGAGCACGAGGGGCUGCGCAGCGCCCUGCUGAAGCACUGGGAGCCCCAGGUGCCCCUCCCCGCCUCCGAGAGCACCCAGACCCUGGUGUGCGCCCUGGGCCUGGCCGUGGGCAUCGUGGGCAUCAUGGCAGGCACCAUCCUCAUCAUCAAGGCCAUGAAGAUGAAC